AUGAGACACUUCCAACUGAACUUGCUUCUCAUCUGUAUGGCAACCACCACUGCAAUCCCUGUUGUGCCCUGGAAGGUCAAAUGCCCACUGCAAUGUGUCUGCCAGAUCAGGCCAUGGUACACGCCCAGGUCUGUGUACAGGGAAGCAGCCACAGUUGACUGUAAUGAUUUGUUUAUCUCCACAGUGCCUGAAAGCUUGCCAGAGGGGACGCAGAUUCUUCUCUUGCAAAGUAACAAUAUUGCCAAGGUCGAGCAGAGCGAGCUGGACUAUCUGAAAAACCUGACAGAGCUAGAUUUGUCACAGAACAGCUUUUCAGACGUUUUGGACUUCGGCCUGAAGAAUGUGCCCCAGUUGCUGAGCCUUCACCUGGAAGAGAACCAGCUGGCUGAACUGCCUGACAACAGCUUCCCGGGCCUGUCAAACCUCCAGGAGCUUUAUCUUAACCACAAUCAAAUACGUAGGAUUUCACCCCAAGCCUUCUCAGGCCUUGGAAGUCUCCUUCGGCUCCACCUCAACUCCAACUUCCUGAGGGCAGUUGACAGCCGCUGGUUCCAAGUGUUGCCCAGUUUGGAGAUCCUCAUGAUUGGAGGCAACAAAGUGGAUGCCAUUUUGGAUAUGAACUUCAGGGCCCUAUCCAAUCUGAGGAGUUUGGUUCUGGCUGGAAUGAACCUGAAGGAGAUUUCAGAUUAUGCGCUAGUAGGCCUGAAAAGUCUGGAGAGCCUUUCUUUCUAUGACAACAAGCUGGUCAAUGUCCCCAAACGGGCGCUGCAGCAAGUCCCUGGUCUCAAGUUCCUGGAUCUGAACAAAAACCCGCUUCAGAGGAUUAAGCAGAGUGACUUCACAAAUAUGCUGCACCUCAAGGAACUGGGACUCAACAACAUGGAGGAGCUGGUUUCCAUUGACAAGUUUGCCUUGAUCAACCUGCCUGAACUGACCAAGCUGGAUGUGACCAAUAACCCUAAACUAUCCUACAUUCACCCGAGUGCUUUCCACCACCUCCCCCAGAUGGAGACCCUCAUGCUCAACAACAAUGCCCUAAGUGCCUUGCAUAAGCAGACACUGGAGUCCCUCCCCAAUCUGCAGGAGAUCAGUAUCCAUAGCAACCCCAUCCGCUGUGACUGCGUCAUCCGCUGGGUCAACAGUACAGAGAACCGCAUCCGCUUCAUCGAGCCUCAAUCCACAUUAUGUGCUGAGCCACCAGACCUAAAGAGGAAGCACAUCCGCGACGUCCCUUUCAGGGAAAUGACUGACAGGUGCUUGCCCCUCAUCUCCAACAAAAGCUUUCCUUCCCAUUUGGAGGUGGCAGAUGGUGAGGAUGUCUCUCUUCACUGCAGGGCUCUUGCAGAACCAGAGCCAGAGAUCUACUGGGUCACACCAUCAGGUCUCAAGCUAAUGCCCUACUCCGAAGAUGGAAAGUAUAAAGUGCACCCCGAAGGGACAAUAGAGAUCCACAAGGUUACAGCGCAAGAAGCUGGGCUGUACACAUGCAUGGCUCAAAAUCUCAUUGGUGCCGAUACAAGAAGCAUCAGCUUGAUGGUCAACAGUUCUUUCCCCUUCAGCGAGGAUACUCUGGAGCUGCUGGUGAAGGACGUCCAGGCCUACCACAUCUUGGUUGCUUGGAAACCUCAUCUCAAUACCAUUUCUUCCAACCUCACAUGGUCCAGCUUCAACCCCAGCCUGGACAUGAUGAGUGUGGCCCGCCUCCCAACAGGCACCCAUAUGUACAACAUCACACGGCUACACCACAGCACAGAAUACUGGGCCUGCCUUCAUGUCGCCUUCGUAGCCUUGCAGAGCAAGGUGUCCUGCGUCAAUGCUAGGACUAAAGAGGCACAAUACCAGUACCUGGAAAGCAGGCAGAGCGCCCUACUGGUGCUGUCUCUUUGCGUUUUGUUGCUGCUUAUUAGCCUUAUAGGCAACUAUGGUUUGGGUGCUCUCAAGCCACAGCCUGGGAGCCACAGGGCCUGCAUGCCAUGGAAGUCAGGUUCCUCUUCAGUGCGUGUUGUGUAUCCGACUUAUAUCAAACACUGGGAUCAAGCGAGGAAAAGUGAGACACUCCUAGCCAUGGAGGUUCAAGCGACACCACUAGACUCCUGA